CCCAAGCCACUAUUUAAAAGGCUUCCACAAUACAAUUCACUCAGCAUUUUACAUGUGCCAGGAAGAUAGCCCAGUUGCAUUUUUAUCGCUCUUUGCUUUUUAUUGAAACUCUUUCAACAAUGGCAAUGUUGAAUCGCUUCUCCGUAGCAUGCUGGAAGAGUGUCCCAGCCGGGCUGCUGAACGAGCAGCUGCUUGUCGUCUCCCGCGCCUUACACAAGUCGGCAGCCAGCGAGGCUCUGGAGAUCUCCGCAACUGGGGAGGAGGCCAUGCAGGCUGGCAGGCUGAUCGAACCGGCGGUGGUCCGAGAGGCCAGUAAAAUCAAGAGCCUGAAGGAGAUGCCCGGACCGAGCACUCUUUCCAACUUGAUUGAGUUUUUUUGGAGAGACGGCUUCGGCAGAAUCCACGAGAUUCAGGUAGAGCACACCAAGAAGUAUGGAAAAAUCUUCAAGUCUCACUUUGGACCCCAGCUGGUGGUCUCCAUUGCCGAUCGUGAACUGGUGGCAGAGGUCCUGCGGGCUGAGGGUCCGGCCCCUCAAAGGGCCAACAUGGAAUCCUGGCAUGAAUAUAGAGACAUGAGGGGCCGUUCCACUGGCCUCAUCUCAGCCGAGGGCGAAAAAUGGCUUGACAUGCGCAGCGUGCUCAGACAGCUUAUCAUGCGUCCCCGUGACGUAGCAGUCUUCUCUGACGACGUGAACAAGGUGGUGGAUGACCUGAUCAAGAGAGUUUACAGCCUUCGAGCCCAGCAGUCUGAUGAACUUACUGUGCUCAAUGUGAAUGACCUUUUCUUCAAAUACGCCAUGGAAGGUGUGGCUGCUAUCUUGUACGAGUGUAGACUGGGAUGUUUGGAAAACAACGUCCCCAAAGAAACCCAGGACUACAUCGCUGCCUUGCAUCUCAUGUUCAGAUCCUUCAAGACCACCAUGUAUGCCGGAGCAAUUCCUAAGUGGCUUCGUCCCAUCAUUCCCAAACCAUGGGAAGAGUUUUGUCUCUCCUGGGACGGUCUGUUCAGAUUCAGCAUGAUUCAUGUUGAUAAAAGAUUCAACGAGAUCAAGGCCCAGGUGGAGAGGGGGGAGAAGGUGAAAGGGGGCCUGCUCACACACAUGCUCACCACCAUGGAGCUGAGCGUGGAGGAGAUCUAUGCGAACGUGACGGAGAUGCUCCUGGCAGGGGUCGAUACGACAUCCUUCACCCUGUCUUGGGCCUGCUAUCUGUUGGCACAACACCCUCACAUCCAGGAGCAAAUCUACACAGAAGUCACACAAACUCUGGGACCUGGAACUGUCCCCACAGCUGAAGAUGUCCCUAGCCUGCCUCUCAUCAGAGGGCUUGUGAAAGAGACUCUCAGGCUUUUUCCAGUUCUCCCAGGCAACGGCCGGAUUACCCAGGAUGACUUGGUGGUUGGUGGAUACUUCAUCCCCAAAGGGACUCAGCUGGCCCUCUGUCACUACUCAACAUCUCUAAAUGAGGAGAACUUUCCCAGUCCCUCUGAAUUCCAACCAGACCGCUGGGUACGGAAAGACACAUCUGAUCGCGUUGACAACUUUGGCUCGAUUCCCUUUGGUUACGGCAUCAGGAGCUGCAUUGGCAGGAGAAUUGCAGAGUUGGAGAUGCAUCUAGCUCUCACCAGGCUCAUUCAGAAGUUCUACAUUGGGAUGUCUCCUCUCACUACUGACGUCAAGGCUAAAACCCACGGUCUGCUCUGUCCUGCUGCUCCCAUCAACCUGCAGUUCAUUGAAAGGGAAAACUAGGUCCAGGCUGUACUCUACAAGGUCUUUCCCAGAUGUUCAACUGGGUGCUCAUCAUUCUUGGCGCACUUAAAUACACUGCUUUUAGAGUUCCCUACUCAGGCCAUGAAUGUGUCUUACAUGUUUGUCAUGACACAGAAACACUGUGCAUAUUGUAAGCUAUGAAGAUUGUUUGUUGACUGCAUGUAAACGGAGGGUACCACUGCAGCGCUUUUUUAUUGGACUGUUACUCUUUUUAUCCAUCUUGUUAAAUUUGAUGUGUGUGAGGAAAAGGAAUUUUGUCAGUACUGUAACUUCUCAUAUUAAUGUUUCUUUAAUAUGAGAAACAUUAAUAUGCACACUAUAUAAUGCACACAUUAUAUAGUGGGUGCACAUGCACACACUAUAUACUUCAGCACAUGCACACAGUCUUUUUUUUUUUUUUUUCCUCCUUGUCCGAGAAAGUGGGCUGCACAGUGGCGCAGUUGGUAGAGCUGUUGCCUUGCAGCAAGAAGGUCCUGGGUUCGAUUCCCGGCCCGGGGUUUUUCUGCAUGGAGUUUGCAUGUUCUCCCUGUGCAUGGUGGGUUCUCUCCGGGUUCUCCGGAUUCCUCCCACAGUCCAAAAACAUGACUGUCAGGUUAAUUGGUCUCUCUAAAUUCUCCCUAGGUGUGACUGUGUGUGUGAAUGGUUGUUUGUCCUGUCUAUUUUCUGUGUUGCCCUGCGACAGACUGGCGACCUGUCCAGGGUGAACCCCGCCUCUCGCCCGGAACGUUAGCUGGGGAUAAGGGUGUAUAGAAAAUGGAUGGAUGGAUGUCCGAGAAAGCAAUUUACAGAGAUUUUGAAGGGAAGCUGUUAAAUUUUUUGAAAAUGAACUGUUUAGCUAAGGUGAAGGAAGCGUUGCCUAAAAAUUUGGUUUCGAACCAAAAUAUUGGAACUGGUUGCUUUUUCUGGGGUGGCACAGUUUGUCUUUGUUUGAGUUGUUUUUUUCAUACUGAGUAAAAGUUAUUAAAUGUACUGUACAUCAAAUACACACAAAAAAUAAUUUCAAUGUAAACUUAUAUUUAGUUUUUUUUUUUAAUAGUGCUAGUUAAAUGUUUCAGAAAAUGAUAUAAUAAUCACAAAGGUAAGUAUUUAAAAUAUUUCAUUUGCUAAUUUAAUAUGGGACUGCACAGUGGCGCAGUUGGUAGAGCUGUUGCCUUGCAGCAAGAAGGUCUUGGGUUCGAUUCCCGGCCGGGGAUCUUUCUGCAUGGAGUUUGCAUGUUCUCCCUGUGCAUGGUGGGUUCUCUCCGGGUUCUCCGGCUUCCUCCCACAGUCCAAAAACAUGACUGUCAGGUUAAUUGGUUUCUCUAAAUUCUCCCUAGGUGUGAGUGUGUGUGUGCAUGGUUGUUUGUCUUGUAUGUCUUUGUGUUGCCCUGCGACAGACUGGCGACCUGUCCAGGGUGAACCCCGCCUCUCGCCCGGAACGCAGCUGGAGAUAGGCACCAGCAACCCUCCCGACCCCAUUUAGGGAAGAAGGGUGUAAAGAAAAUGGAUGGAUGGAUAAUUUAAUAUGGAUUUGUUUUGCAGAAUAUAAGUGGGUUAUAGAAUGUGUGUAGUAUGUGGUUUAAGCGCUGCUGGUGUGAAAGGAUUCCAUCAACGUUUGUUUCUGUUUAAGAGGGUAAAUGUAUGUUUAAAAAAAGGGAAAAUGCUAUUUGGAUGGGUGGCACAUUUUAACACGUUUUUAAAUUGCUUGUAUGUCCUUAACUUUUAUUUGCAGUUUGAGUUGGAAACAAUAAAAACUGAAUUUUAUGCUAAAGUACAACAAA